AUGGGUUCUGUUCGUAGUGAUAGAUUCUGUUUAGAAAAUAGUUUACCGUUUCGUGGUCACGACGAAUCUGAAAAGUCUCUUAAUAAAGGGAAGGCCAAAAAGAAUAAUAAGCUGACGGCUCCAUCAAUUCAGAAAGAGAUUAUCGAUUGCUAUGCGAAAGAAGUAACCAAAAUGAUUUGUGAAGAAAUUAAAGACAAUGUGUUUGGGUUGUUAGUUGAUGAGUCUAGCGACGUGUCUUUAGAGGAACAAAUGGCCGUAGUUGUGAGAUAUGUCGAUAGACUCGGAGUUGUUAAAGAAAGUUUAAUUGGAAUUGCUCAUGUGAGGAAUACACAUUCUUUAACUCUUAAAGAAGCCAUUGUUUCUUUGUUAGCAGAUAACCAGUUGAGCAUAGAUCAAGUGAGGGGUCAAGGUUAUGAUGGUGCAAGCAACAUGCAGGGAGAGUUUAAUGGAUUAAAAGCUUUAAUUCUGAAAGACAAUCCAUCAGCACAUUAUAUACACUGCUUUGCUCACCAACUUCAGUUAGUAAUUGUGGCUGUAGCAAAAAAGCAUGAUGGUGUUAAAGAAUUUUAUGAAACUCUUGGAAUGGUUGUUAAUACGGUUGGUGCUUCUUGCAAAAGAAAAGAUAUGAUGAUGGAGGCAAAAAAAGAAAGAGUAGAAAACAAAAUUCUAGCGGGUGAAAUUAACACAGGAAAAGGAUUAAACCAGGAGGUUUCCCUUGCCCGACCCGGAGACACACGAUGGGGUUCACACCAUAGAACGAUCAUAAGUUUGUUGAAAUUAUUUCCGGAAGUUGUUGAGGUACUUACUUUUAUUAAACAAGAUGGAGAGACCUUUCAACAACGAUCUAAUGCAUCAGGUAUUCUAUCAUAUUUUGACAGUCUUGAAUUUGUGUUUUACAUACACUUGUUGAACGAUAUAUUAGGCCUCACAAAUGCUCUAUCAAAAUAUCUUCAAAAAAAGAGUCAAGACUUGUUAGAAGCGUCUCUUUUGAUAAACGGGACAAAACGAGCUUUGAAUUAUCUAAGACAAAAUGGGUUUGAAAAGAUGUUGGCAAAAGUGACAUCUUUUUGUGAAAAAAACAACAUCCUCAUGUUAGAUAUGGCGAAAAAUUAUGGUAAUCAAAGAAACCGAAAGUAUGUCAUUACUAAUCGACAUCACUUUGAAGUUGAAGUUUUCAAUACGGUUUUGGAUAUGCAAAUUCAAGAACUUGGAAACCGAUUUAGUGAGGUCUCAACUAGUUUGAUAGAAAAUAUGUCGGGUUUAAAUCCUUGUGAUUCGUUUGCUAAGUUUGACAUACCUAAGAUAGUGGCGUUUUCUAAGAUGUAUCCGAAUGAUUUUAAUAAAGAAGAAAGAGGGUAUCUUGCGGGUGAUCUUUCGACCUUUUAUCACACUUUAAAGGAAGAUGAUAAAUUUGCAAAAUUGACUGGAUUGAGUGACCUUGCUCGUGUAAUGGUGGAAAACGGAAAAAAUGAAACUUUUCCUUUGGUUUAUCGAACAUUGAAGCUAGCGUUGCUUUUACCGGUUGCAACCGCAACCGUUGAAAGAUGUUUUUUCAAAAAUGAAGCUUAUCAAGACAGAUUUACGCAAUCGAAUGGGUGA